GAAAAUAACAUAGGACUUUUUCACUCUAUUCAAUCCGCUCUGCCGGACACUCCGUAGACGUAUCGCGUAAAAUUGAGUUCUGUUAAAAUCGUAUUACAGCUGUAAUUUGUAGCCGUCACGUGGCUGAAGCGAACAAACUAAUUUAAUACGACACAAACCAUAUUUACGAUGCAUCGUGUAAUAUAUAUUUCAGUAAAAUUAUUAAGUCACACAUCCUAAAACGAAGAGAGUAAUAAUGGAUAGUUCUUCGGAUGAGGACGAUCCGUAUGCAAACUCUGCUGCUCGGUUAAAAAAAUUGAAAAAGAAUCGUCUCGAGAGAGAGAAGCUUUCUGUUAAACUGGAGGAACUUUCUUCUGCCAACAUUGAACAAAUAAGUAAUAAAAAAACAGAUUUUGAUUUUGAUGGCAUACAAACACGAAGCAACGCAACAAGAGGCAGAGGAGCUAGAAGUAACAUUACUGUUAAACGGAUUAGACAAAGGCAUUCACCUAUUGACCCUUUUGAAUGCGAUAUAGAAAUUGUCUCGAUGGAACAGGAGCCUAAAGCAAUUACUGAACUUUGUAAGAAUGAUACAAUCACACUGUCGGAUGAGGAUGCCUGUAGUGAAGAUGAGAAUUAUGAAAUAAAUGUAAAGAUCUGUUGGAGAUCCAGCAGACUCGAUCGUUUGAGUAUGCACAGACAUGAUAGUUUUAAAAGAAUCUUUCAACAUUAUGCCGACUUGGAGAAGGUUUCUAUAGACGAGAUCCUGAUGAUGAAAAAAGACAAGAUCAUUAACCGUACUGACACUCCUGCUUCGCUUAAACUUUCUGUUAUAGACAUACUUGAUGGUGGCAUAGUGAAUCCGGGCAUGAACACCUUAUUCGAGGAUAAAAGCAAUGACAAUACAUGUAGCAUUAAAAUACAGACAGCGAAUAAGAAACAGUCAUUGACCAUCUUGCUUCAGAAGAAUCAGCGAUUUAAAAUGCUGUUGGCUAGUUGUGCGGAACAAUUUGGUGUAAAGGAAAGUAGUCUGAAGCUUUACUUUGACGGAGAGCAAAUCAGUCCAACGGAUACGCCCGAGUCAUUGGAUCUCGAGGAAGAAGCGUGUGUCGAUUUACAUAUCUCUGCAUAAUAUAUAAUCGGGACAAUAAAACAUUCCUUAUAUUUUUACACUGUAGCCUCGCUAAAAAGAACUGUUCAUCCUUCACUGUACACUGUACACUGUACACGUCAGCGUGAUCAUUGUCAUUGUCAUCAUCAUACACUGACAUUAUUUCGUAAUCACAUUGAAAUUAUUACAAUUUUAAUGGCUGUAUAUAAUUAGUAAACUUUAUUUCUAACUUAACACAAGAGAAAGUUUAUGCGUUAUAUUUUUAAUUUCACGUAAAAGGCAUUAAUGUAAAUUACUUGCGUAUACAAAAA